AUGGCCGCGUUCCGCCUUUUUCCUCAUCUCCCCUUUGAGCUUCGCUCUCGGAUCUGGGAGUUGACAGUCGAGCCACGCACUGUUGAGGUCCGUGUUAAGAAAGAUAACGGAUUAUGGGGCAAGAUUCUGCAUGUAACCUCAUCAACACCAGUGCCUGCGGUCCUUCAGGUCUGCCAUGAAUCCCGAAACCAGGGGCUGUACCAACAGGCCUUCAAGUUCCCCUCAGGGGUUGAGCCGCGGUAUGUCUGGGUGAACUUUGAGAUUGACAUGAUCUCAAUUGGAGAUACCUAUUUCGACACAAUUGAACCGGCUGAACGACAGCUGAUUCGCCGGCUUACUAUUCAGCGCGAGAAUACAGACUCCUUUUUCCACUCUGAGUCCCAGGAGCUACAUUUGUAUUUUAAUCUAGAGGAAAUGCAUGUUAUCUGCGAGGAUGGCCUGCUGGCAUGGCAGGACGCCUGGGAGUAUGUUUACUGGCCAUGCCCAAAAGAGAAUAUAAGGUUCAUUGACAAGGAGACUGGGCAGAUUGCGAUGAAUGGAUGGCAACUUGGUGAUCCUAAAUAA